AUGGAUGAGUUGUGGAAGGAAAAGUACUUUUUAGUGCCUGAAGAUCUAUGUGAAAGAGCCAUGGCUCGCUUCUGGGAUAGAUUUGCUGAUGAGAAGCCUUGGGGAACCCUGAGCGCUGUCCAAGCCGUGCUCUUGGAUGCUGAGCUUGAUGCUGAGGACGUUUUAGAAGAAUUCGAGCUUCAAGCUUGCGGGAGGGAAGUGGUGAGACAAAAGAGGAGCACAUUAACAAAGGUAUGUCAAUGCUUUUCAAGCUCUAAUCCUGUUGUUUAUCGAUCUGAAAUUAGUCAUAAAAUCGAGGAGAUUAGAAAAAGGCUAGAUCAGAUCGCAGGUGAUAGGAGUAAAUUUAUUCUUAGUGAGAGUACUGCUGAAGAUGGGCAUGUAAUUCCAAAGGAGAGGGAGAUUGAUCCCUUCUUGGGAGCUCCUUAUGUUAUUGGAAGAGAGGAUGAUAAAGAGGGGUAUAAGCAUUUUAACGCAACCAACCAAAGGAGAGGGAGUCUCUGUCAUUCCAAUAGUUGGAAUUGGGUAAAAGCACUCUUACUCAAAUGGUUUACAAUGAUAAAAAACGUAAAUGAUUUCUUUCUAUUAAAGAUAUGGAUAUACGUGUCAGAUGAAUUCGAUGUCACAAGAUUAAUGAAAGAAAUUAUUAAAUUUGCAACAAAUGAUUGUAGUAAGUUAGAAAGAGGUGAAAUUCGCAAGCGUUUGCAGGAAAUUUUGACAGAUAAAAAGUUUUUGUUUGUCAUGGAUGAUGUCUGGAAUGAGAAGCCCCAGAAAUGGAUGGAUCUGAGAAAAUUAUUGCUAAAUGGUGUCAAUGGAAGUAAAAUUAUUGUGAGCACACGAAGUAAUAGAGUUGUAGAAAUAAUGAGCACUAGUCACUCCCAUUUUCUACAAGGUCUUUCCACUAAGGAAUCAUUGUUAUUAUUUAAGAAGUAUGUGUUCAAAGAUGGAAAAGGGAAAGAUUUUCCAAGGCUCACUGAAAUUGGGAAGGAAAUUGUGAGAAAAUGUAAAGGAGUCCCGUUGGCUAUGAGAUCUUUAGGGAGCUUAUUUUAUGCAAAUACAAACGAAUGUGAGUGGUUGAAAAUAAGAGAAAAUGACAUCUGGCAAGUAGAUCAAGAUAAUGAAGACAACUUACCAGUAUUGAAAUUGAGCUAUGAUCAUUUGCCUCCUCUCUUGAAGUGA